UAAUGAGAUUGUAGAAAUGUAGAUGUGUAGAACUAUGGCAUGUGGACGAUGUUUUUCUCUGCUUUCACCUUCGUUCGAAGCUUAAACUAACAAUUUGAUCUACAAUUUUACGCGUAGAAACAGAUAACGAGGCUUGACAAGAGGCAGUCUGACAAUCAAGAUGAGUAAAUACGUGAAUCUGGCGAACGUGGGCACUAAUUAUGCCAUGCGUAUGAAUCGCUUGAGUAACCGAAUCUUCGGCGAGGUGACUAGGCCGACUAAUCAGAAGUCGAUGAAGGUCGUGAAGCUCCUCAGUGAGAAACCGGUGAACAAGCGACCGGAGAUCGUGGAUUAUUAUCCGAGAUUCAAAGAGACGGAACUGUUGAUGACACAUCUGCGCGAUUACGGUCUCUUCAGGGACGAGCAUAAGGACUUCAAGGAGGAAUUCGAGCGUCUGAGAGAGCUUCGCGGUAAAUCCAAGUGGAUACCGCCUCCCUUCAGAAAUAAACCCAAACCAUCUUAAGAUUAAUACAAUCUGUACUUGAAUGUAACAAAUUUUGCUGCGAAGAGUGCGUAUCUCAUCUGCAAAUAAUAAACCACGUGCUUUAUUUAAUACAAAUAUAA